AUGGAAAUCUCGAUUAAAUGCUCCGACAUCAGCAAUCCUUGUAGGCCUUGGCCCCAAUGUCUAGUAUGGGCAAACUUGGUUUGCUUCGAGUUCUUUCGCCAGGGUGAUCGAGAACGACUUCAGUGGGAUCUCGAGCCAACAGCUGCCAUGGAUCGUCGAUCUGCCUGUAUUCCGGCAAUACAAAAAGGUUUUAUGCUCUGCGUUGUUCGACCUCUCUUCGAUGCGCUUCAUACUUUCUUUGCAAGUCCCCUGACAGCCACUCUAUUAGCAAACCUUGACGUAAACCUAAAGCAUUGGCAGUCCGCUCUGGACGCCAUCUCCGUACCAGGUAACAUUCGUAAUCAGGUCAUUCCACCCCGACAGUCACAGCAACUGUCUCAAUUGCAAAGUCAACGACAACAGAGGCAAGAACAACAGUCAUUGGAAGAAGAAACGGAGCCUCAGGAAAAGACAGAUGCAGGCCAAGUCAGCCAUGAUAAAGCCAAGUCGUUUAGUUUACGCGAAGAACGACAAAGUACGAAGGAAAAACAGAAAAAUGUGGCUGAGACACGAAAGGUAUUUAGGAAACAGCCUGAAAUUUUUCUCAAACGAUUCUUUAUUGAUACUAAUUUACUUGUAUUCACUUAUCUGUGUUUUGGUGAGUUUAUGCAGCUACAUAUUUAUUGCAUUCUUGUCCGGGCGUACUUUGGAUCAGAAAAUCUACUAGCGAUUGUAAGGACUAGUUCAGAAAAAAGAGCCUCUUGA